AUGAUUGAAUAUAGUCAAUCACUAAGGUACCUUAGAGAACACGAAAACAGAGAUCUAUUUGUACCCAUCAGGUAUGAGGUGGUGAUCUGGGCAGAUACUAGACCCAUGAUGAUGGGAAAGCAGCCUCCUCUUGUCAUGGAAAAACCAGUAAAGAGGAGAAAACUCUCAGAUACAGUAUCUCCUCCAGAAGAAGAAAAAUGGAAUGGAGCACUUGAGUCCAAACCACCACCUGCACCAUCACCCUGUCUGAGCAUGUUGCUCUCUCAAGUACAAAGUAGUGACUUGCGUUGGAACAAGAUCAAAAGAGAUAACCUCGAUUUAGAUUAUACAGUUUUGUUCUCCAAGGCAGCAGCAAGUUCACUGCUGCAGGCUCUUGAGGAGCAGGUGGAAUACUUCACAGGGGAUCUGGCCAGAGUGAGGGUGUUUGGCAAGUGGCACAACCUGCCAAGAAAACAGGCAACAUAUGGUGAUCCUGGACUAACCUACACAUACAGUGGAAUUCAGACCCCAGCCCGUCCCUGGCUUCCACCACUGCAGCAUGUACGAGACGUGCUUGCCAGAGUCACUGGUCAUCACUAUAACUUUGUGCUCAUCAACAGGUAUAAAGAUGGAAGUGAUAAGAUGGGAGAACACAAAGAUGAUGAAAAAGAAUUGGAUACAAAUGUCCCCAUUGCCUCUCUGAGUCUAGGACAAGAGAGAAACUUUUACUUCCGCCAUCAAGAUUCAAGACCACCCAAAAAGUUAAACAUUGAGAAAGUACAAAUACAGCUUCAACAUGGAAGUCUUUUACUGAUGAAUUCUCCUACCAACAACUUCUGGUAUCAUGCACUUCCUCCACGUAAGGCUUCCCAAGGAGUUAGGGUUAAUCUCACAUUUAGGAAGAUUGUAGCCAGUCAUUCUGAUAAGAAAGUUAUCAGACCUCCUCCAUAAUACAAGUAGGUAAGCAAAUGCACUACAGAAUGGUAUUUUCAAUGAUAAUGUAGAUUUUUCCUAUUCAUAACCUUAAGAAUUAUGAUUAAUUCUAUUUUUGCCUUAUCACUAAACUUGUGUUACUUUUAUUAAAAGAGUUUUAUGCUCAGGCCAUGAUGCAAAGAUACCCAGGUAUACUAGUGUUCUAGACCUAGGUGUAGAGGUGGUCAGUGGGGGUGUGUCCUCUUUCCUAUAGAGACACAGGGGUUCAGACACUUAGGGAAUCAGAAUGUGAACUAAAGCAGAAGUGGUCAUAAGAUAUCAUGGUCUAGGCUUGCCUAUUUUGGACUACCACAUCCAGUUUCAAACACCAGUCACAUCAUCUGUCAUAUGUAGAGAUAAAUUUCCCAGUGUUCUGAAAUAGGGAAUGUAGUUCUUCAUACAGUAAUGACAGGUGUGGGUGUUUACAUAUUUGGAUUGUUACUGGAUUGAGUGAAUCUUUUUGUCCUUUUUUCUUUUCUUUUUCUUCCUUUCUUUGAAUUUAUAUAUAUAUAUAUAUAUAUAUAUAUAUAUAUAUAUAUAUAUAUAUAUAUAUAUAUAUAUAUAUAUAUAUAUAUAUAUAUAUAUAUAUAUAUAUUGUUUUCAUUGACCACUUCCUCUCAUCAUGCAUUUUGCUGACCACUUGCCCUACUUUAGAAUACAUAUUUGAUCUAAUAAUCUUUGGUAGCAAACAUAAAGUGAGACAAUAAUAAAGGACAAAGAAGUAAACACAAUGGCAAACUUACUGAGACUCAUGAUAGAAGAAGAAAAAUAGAAUUAAAAGAAUUGGUGGGGUAGGAAAAUAGGAAAAGAUGUAAGUAAACCUGUAAAAUUUAUCCUACAAAAUAGUGAUGUGAUAGAAGUGAAACUGAGAAAUGAAUGGAAGUUAAAGAAUCUGAGAAAUGGCAACAUUUAAAGAUUGAUAGAUACUUAAAGAUAAUAAAGAAAUGGUAGAGAAGAAUGAAAAAAGCAAAGAAGAUAAAUAGUGACAGACCACAAGACUCAUUUGUAAAUUUUACUAGUUCACUACCAAUUUACCCAGAUCCUGUUUUCCUUUUCCAUUUACACCUGUCGUAUGCAGCAGUCAUAUAUGUAUUUUCUUAAAUGUGUUUACUAUGGUAGCACUCAUGUUUUGGCAAAUUCAUGCAUUUGUUCAUUAUCUGGUGUAUAAAUGUGUUAUUUGUU